GCAACCGUGGUUACACUGAAUACCGAAUAAAUGUAGUUAGUCUUAGUUCACUCUUAGAACGGUUUACAUCGUCUUUCAAUCGCUCCUACAUUGGUGACCCCGACGUGAUCUCCGGAUUGUUAUUAGUUCUCCUAAUUUGAAAAUUUGUGAACGAACAUGUCUACCGAAAACGUUACUAACGAAGAAACUUCCCCUGCUACUGCAGCCGUUUCGGUUAAACUUCCGGAAUUCUGGAAGAACGAUCCAUCGUUGUGGUUUUCGCAAGCUGAAAUUCAGUUUUUGUUGGCCGGCGUUCAUAAGGAUGAAACAAAUUUUUAUCAUAUUGUCGCUAAACUCGAACAAUCCGUGCUUUGUCAUAUCGCCGAUUAUGUAAAACAGCCUCCUGCGACAGGAAAAUAUGAAGCCGUUAAGCAGCGCCUCAUCUCUCGAUUCGAGCUCACGGAACAAGCCAAAAUGGAUCAGCUACUUGGAUCGUACGAUUUUGGAGACCUUCGUCCUACGCAUCUUUUAACGAAGAUGCAGGAACUUGCUGCCGGAUUGAAUGUGAAUGAUUCCUUGUUAAAAAGACUAUUUCUGCAAAAACUUCCAGCUAAUAUACGUGCAAUACUUAGCAUCCACGAUGGAAGUCUUUCGAAGCUGGCGGAGAUGGCAGAUAAAAUGAUAGAAAUGGCUCCUCAAACAUCAGUUAUCCAUGCUUCUGUGCAAAAAGAAACGACGGAAAAUUUAGCAGAAGAAGUUGCUGCCAUGAAAGUAGAGCUACGCCAAAUGAAAGCACGGCAACCUGAGCGCGGUCGAUUGCGUUCCACUUCUCAAAAUCGUACCAAUGAAAACAUCUGUUGGUAUCACCGGAAGUAUGGAAAUCGAGCUACGCGAUGUCGAAGCCCUUGUCAGUAUCAUCAGUCAAAAAACUAGAUUUCCGCCCAUCCGAAAUCGGCGAGGUGGGCGGAUUAAGAAUUAGUCGCCGUCUGCAAAUCUUCGACAACUCUUCUAGUAUUCGGUUCUCAAUCGACACGGGAUUAUUAAGGGAUUAUCGAUCGGAUGUAUCGAUAAUACCUGCAUCCAAGAUAGAGAAGACUCGACAACCAUCGCCGUUUUUACUCCAUGCAGCAAACGGAACGAAAAUACGAACGUAUGGGAGCAAGUUUGUUUCAGUGGAUCUCGGACUACGCCGAAAGUUUUCGUGGAAUUUUUUGCAAGCCGACGUUACUUCUGCAAUUAUUGGUGCCGAUUUCCUCGCGCAUUUUGGUCUUCUUGUAGAUCUUGGAAACAGAAGACUUAUUGAUGGUGGUACGAAAUUACACACUGUUUGUGGAUUAUCGAAAUCUUCGGUUUACGGUGUAACAACUAUAGCAAAAGAUCAUCCUUUUCGAGACUUGCUGGUCGAAUUUCGAGAAAUCACCGCCCCGCCGACAAUGCGCACUGAGAACGAUAUUUGCAGUACAUUUCGAGUUUCACAAAAGAUAUUCGGCACAUUAGUGGCAAAGACAAUUCUGCUGCAGACGCAUUAUCCAGAGUCAACACCAUCUCAGCUCCUUCAACAGUGGAUUUUGAAUUAUUAUCGAAAGCGCAGCAUGACGAUCCAGAACUACAGAAGCUACUUGCUGAUCGAACUACAUCAAUGAACUUGCAGUUAAGAUCAUCUGUUUCAACUAAUCAAUUGCUGUAUUGUGAUGUGUCGGAUAAUGUACAUGUCAGACCGUAUGUACCAGAGAAGUUACGGUUAGAAGUUCUUCGCAACAUCCAUUGCCUUUCUCAUCCCGGUGUUCGAGCAACGAGAAAAAUGGUUGCGCGAAGGUUUGUUUGGCCCUCAAUGAAUCGAGACGUCGCCCGCUUCGUCAGAUCUUGUAUUGAUUGUCAACGAUCGAAAAUCCAUCGGCAUACAUCUGCGGCGCUCAACGAAUUCGAGCUUCCAAAAAGUCGUUUCCGCCAUGUUCAUAUCGAUUUGGUUGGACCACUUCCGACGUCGAACGGAAAGCGGUAUUUAUUAACGAUG